AAAAAACAGAUGCAAAAUAAAAUAAUUUAUUUGUCUUCGCUGCGGACGUCGUUCCAUCUUCCAUGCUCUUGGCUUUACAUCUUAUUACCAUUGCAACUAUGCUCAAAUCAGCACUUGCUCCCGUUUUCUCAAUCUUUCCUGCAAAACCCAGAACGCCAAACUUCGUAUACCAAGUUUUAACCAAUACUUUCACGCACAGCCCACCAACUGUCCGACAAAAUGCUUCGCCCGACACUCUCACUACCGCCCCAGCACCCCAGCUUCCCCCUACUUCAGCAUACAUCCACCUACCCUUCUGUCGAAAGCGCUGCCACUACUGUGACUUCCCAAUUGUCGCUCUCGGCUCUUCUUCUAACCAAACCGAUGACGACCCACGAGUGUUAAACUAUAUACAAUUGCUUUGUCGAGAAAUUAAUGCCACUAGAGUAGAAUUUGAGACCAGCCCUUCUCUGGAAACGGUUUUUUUCGGGGGUGGUACGCCUUCACUGGUGCCACCGAGACUUGUGGCGUCGGUUCUCGAAGUUUUGGGGAUGAAAUUUGGAUUGAGUUCAAAUACUGAAAUAUCUAUGGAGAUGGACCCUGGGACUUUUGAUUCUAAGAAGAUGGAGGAAUUGAUUGGGUUGGGCGUGAAUCGAGUAUCUUUGGGAGUUCAGGCAUUUCAAGAAGAACUGCUGAAGGUAUGUGGCAGGGCACAUGGUUUGAAUGAGGUCUAUGAAGCCAUUGAAAUUGUUGGGUCAUGUGGGGUCGAGAAUUGGAGUGUGGAUCUUAUCUCAUCUCUCCCUCACCAGACACCGGAGAUGUGGCGAGAGAGUUUGAGGCUCACCGUUGAGGCGCAACCCACCCAUGUGUCCGUAUAUGAUCUGCAAGUCGAACAAGGCACGAAAUUUGGAAACUUGUAUACACCCGGGGUGUCCCCUCUGCCCUCUGAAACAUGGUCUGCUGAUUUCUACAGAACGGCUUCAAGAACGCUUUCUAAUGCUGGUUACAACCAUUAUGAAAUUAGCAGUUACUGCAAGGAUGGCUUUGAGUGCAAACACAAUUUUACAUAUUGGAAGAACAAACCUUUCUAUGGGUUUGGCCUUGGGUCUGCUAGUUAUGUCGGCGGGUUGAGAUUUUCAAGGCCAAGAAAACUAAAAGAAUACACGGAUUAUGUGCAGAAUUUGGAGAAUGGGGUGGUGGAUUGGUGUGGGAACGAUACUUUCGAUGUCAAGGACGUGGCCAUGGAUGUUCUGAUGCUCUCUCUCAGAACUGCAAGAGGCCUAGAUCUGAGGUCUUUCGGAGAAGCUUAUGGUGGCUCUCUUGUUUCCUCUCUUAUCAAGGCCUAUAAACCUUAUGUGGAAAGUGGGCAUGUUGUUUGCUUGGAUGAGAACAGAAGAGCCUUGACUGCAGAUGAACUGGAUGCUGAAUUACUAGAUGAGAACAGGAUGGAAAGAAGGCUGGCUUAUAUUCGGCUAAGUGAUCCAGAUGGUUUCCUUUUAUCAAAUGAAUUGAUAUCUCUUGCAUUUCGGGUAAUAGCUCCAUAGAACUACGAUUCUUCAUGGGAUUCAGAGUCCUUUGGAAGUGACCAGAAUCUGAUUCCUACAGCAACUGGCUGUAGAGCUGAAAAGCAUUUGUGGAAACAUUUUGCCAGUAUCAUCCUAGGGUGACCUUCUGUUGAAUGUUUCAAAGUGCCUAAUUUGUUGCAUAAAUAAUGAGAAUCUAAAAUUUUGUACACCAGAUCGUCUGGUGUAUUACAAAGUACUAUGCAGUUCAACCUA